GGCGGGGGAGCCUUUCCAGGAAACGAAAGCUAACUCUGGGGAGCCAUCUUGCGGCCCAGGUGCGGGCCUGGCCGGCGCUAUGUCUCAGGGGCUCAGGGGACCCGCAGGGGUGUUCCCUCACCAGACACGCUCCUACUUGGACCCCAGCUAUGAGCAGAGCAAGUGGAGACCUCCGCAGCCACGUGGGCCUGAGUCUUUCCCCAGGAGUUUCCAGCUCCAGCAGAUAGACUUCCUCAAAGGGCGGCUCCCAGAAGCGCCCCUGAUUGCACAGCAGCCCCAGUCACUGCCGCCAUUCCUCCCAGGACACUGGCCAAGGUUCCCAGGGCCACCUUCCCAAGGCAAACAACUGGAAACCUGGGGUUUCCCCACAAGUGUGACUCUCAGAAGUCAGGGGUUCCACACAGGACUCCCACCUCCUCCCCCGCAGAGCAGGAGUCUGCCAUGGAGAGGCGCUGACAGGCUCUGCUCACACUUCCAGGAGCUGAGCAUUAGUCAGAGUCCAGAGCAGAAGAUCCUAGGUCGUCUGGAGGAGCUUGGUGAGAGGAAGGCCACCAGCGCCCAGGCCCUAGCCAGAGAGCUCAGGGUCCCAAAGAAGGAGGUCAAUCGUAUAUUGUAUGCCCUGCAGAGGAAGGGGAAGCUGCAGAGAAGAGUAGGAACUCCUCCUUUGUGGAGCCUUGCACCCUCACAUCAGGCUCAGCCCCCUAGAGCUGUGAAUCCAGACAGUUGUGGCCAGGAAGUCCCUCAGGAAGAGCCUGCUUUGGACAGUCAAGACAGAGACCCUGCCUCUGACGUAGAAGGACCCCCUGAGCCUCUUGACAUGGCAGAGAUCAAGGAGAAAAUCUGUGACUACCUGUUCAAUGUGUCCAACUCCUCUGCCCUGAACCUGGCUAAGAACAUUGGCCUCACCAAGGCCCGAGAUGUGAAUGCAGUGCUGAUUGACUUGGAAAGGCAAGGCGAUGUCUACAGACAAGGGGCCAUGCCUCCCAUCUGGUACUUGACAGACAAGAAGCGUGAGCGGCUGCAGAUCAAGAGAAGUACGCACAGUGCUCCAGCAGCUGUCCCAGAGGCUCCCAGAAGCACCUCCUUCCCCUCCUGCCACUCACCCCCAUCAGGCGCCUCAAGCAGCAUGGCAACCCCCAAAAAAGUGGAGAAUGGGCAGGAACCUGUGAUGAGGUAUGAAAAUAGGUAUGAGGCCAGGCCAGGACCGGUGAGACUGCGACCACACGCUUAUCACAAUGGCCCCUCUAGAGCAGGGUAUGUUGACUCUGAAAAUGGCCAGUGGGCCACAGAUGACAUCCCAGAUAACUUGAAUAGUAUCCGCACGGCACCAGGUGAGUUCCGAGCCAUCAUGGAGAUGCCCUCCUUCUACAGCCCUGUCUUGCCACGGUGUUCACCAUACAAGAAGCUGACCGAGUGCCAGCUGAAGAACCCCGUCAGCGGGCUGUUAGAGUACGCUCAGUUCACUAGUCAGACCUGUGAUUUCAACCUCAUAGAGCAGAGUGGACCGUCCCAUGAACCUCGCUUUAAAUUCCAGGUUGUCAUCAACGGCCGCGAGUUUCCCCCAGCUGAGGCCGGCAGCAAGAAGGUGGCCAAGCAGGACGCAGCAAUGAAAGCCAUGGCCAUUCUGCUUCGGGAGGCCAAAGCUCAAGACGGAGGGACCCCAGAGGAGCUGUCCUGUCCCAUGGAGGAAGACUCGGAGAAGCCGGCAGAGUCCCAGCCCCCCAGCUCCUCGGCAACAUCCUUCAUCAAUGGGAAGAGCCCAGUCACCACGCUGCUUGAGUGUAUGCACAAGCUGGGGAACGCCUGCGAAUUCCGCCUCCUGUCCAAAGAAGGCCCUGCCCAUGACCCCAAGUUCCAGUACUGUGUAGCCGUGGGAGCCCAGACUUUCCCCACUGUGAGUGCCCCCAGCAAGAAAGUAGCAAAGCAGAUGGCCGCAGAGGAAGCCAUGAAGGCCCUGCAGGAGGAGGCAGCCAAUUCCGCUGAUGACCAGUCUGGAGGUGCGAACUCGGAAUCUCUUGAUGAGUCUGUGGCACCCAACAAGAUCCGGAGGAUUGGUGAGCUCGUCAGGUACCUGAACACCAACCCCGUGGGCGGCCUGUUAGAGUAUGCCCGCUCCCAUGGCUUCGCUGCUGAGUUCAAGUUGAUCGACCAGUCCGGACCACCUCACGAACCCAAGUUUGUUUACCAAGCGAAAGUUGGGGGCCGCUGGUUUCCAGCCGUGUGUGCGCACAGCAAGAAACAAGGCAAGCAAGACGCAGCCGACGCAGCCCUCCGAGUCUUGAUCGGGGAAAGCGAGAAGGCAGAGCAGUUGGGUUUCGCAGAGGUAACCCCAGUGACAGGGGCCAGUCUCAGAAGAACUAUGCUCCUCCUUUCCAGGUCCCCAGAUGCACAUCCAAAGACACUGCCUCUCACUGGGAGCACCGUCCACGACCAGAUAGCAAUGCUCAGCCACCGCUGCUUCAACGCCCUCACCAACAGCUUCCAGCCCUCCCUGCUCGGCCGCAAGAUCCUGGCCGCCAUCGUCAUGAAGAGAGACCCUGAGGACAUGGGUGUUGUGGUCAGUCUGGGGACAGGGAAUCGCUGUGUGAAAGGGGACUCUCUCAGCCUGAAGGGAGAAACGGUCAAUGACUGCCAUGCAGAAAUCAUCUCCCGGAGGGGCUUCAUCAGGUUUCUCUACAGCGAGCUGAUGAAGUACAACCAGCAUACUGCCAAGAACAGCAUAUUUGAGCUUGCCAGGGGAGGAGAGAAGCUCCAGAUAAAAAAGACAGUUUCUUUUCAUCUCUACAUCAGCACGGCGCCAUGUGGAGAUGGAGCCCUCUUUGACAAGUCCUGCAGUGACCGUGCUGUGGAAAGCACAGAAUCCCGCCAUUACCCUGUCUUUGAAAAUCCCAAGCAAGGCAAGCUUCGGACCAAGGUGGAGAAUGGGGAAGGCACCAUCCCUGUGGAGUCCAGUGACAUUGUGCCCACGUGGGAUGGCAUCCGGCUUGGGGAAAGACUCCGUACCAUGUCCUGUAGUGACAAAAUUCUCCGCUGGAACGUGCUGGGCCUGCAAGGGGCACUGUUGACUCACUUCCUGCAGCCUGUGUACCUGAAAUCUGUAACACUAGGUUACCUUUUCAGCCAAGGGCACCUGACCCGUGCUAUUUGCUGCCGCGUGACCAGAGAUGGGAAGGCAUUUGAGGACGGACUGCGCUACCCCUUUAUUGUCAACCACCCCAAGGUCGGCCGAGUCAGUGUGUACGAUUCCAAAAGGCAAUCCGGAAAGACCAAGGAGACAAGCGUCAACUGGUGUUUGGCCGAUGGCUACGACCUAGAGAUCCUGGAUGGCACCAGAGGCACUGUGGAUGGACCAGGGAAGGAGUUGUCUCGGGUGUCCAAGAAGAACAUUUUCCUUCAGUUUAAGAAGCUCUGCUCCUUCCGUGGCCGCAGAGAUCUGCUGCAGCUCUCCUACGGUGAGGCCAAGAAAGCUGCCCGUGACUACGAGUUAGCCAAGAACUACUUCAAGAAGAGCCUGCGGGACAUGGGCUAUGGGAAUUGGAUCAGCAAACCCCAGGAGGAAAAGAACUUUUAUCUCUGUCCAGUACCCAAUGACUGACAGCGGGGUGUGUUUCUCAUGGGGUCAGAGGGAGUUCAUAACAUUCCUCAUCACAUUGGGCCAGAGUUUGGGGGCUUUUUUUUUAAACCCCUCCCCAACCCCCCUUUUUUUAAAUGGAGGAACCAUAAUAGAUGGUACCAAGACCUUUGGUUCCUAUUUAUCCUGCUUGCUUGGGGAUUUCAAGGUGGGGUCUGAUCAAGCCCCCCCACUUCCCAAGCAAAGAGUCAGAUUAAAGGAAGGGGGGCACUCUCCAUUCCAUUCGUGUAGCGUAGCCAGCCCCUGAUCCCCGCAGCCUGUCCCUUGGAGUUUAGUUUUGUGGAGGUGUCUCAUCUCCUUUUCCAUUGCUACACUGACCUCUUGUGGAUGUGACCAUGUCCCCGUCAGUUCUGUGUGAAUCACGUCAGGGACUAACCAUCUCACCUCUGUAGAUCUGCAGCCCCUGGUCCUCCUACGAUUCCUUCCUGUGGUGAGGUGUCUCCUUCCCCACCCCAGAGGGCGAGGAGGUGAACAUGAAGGGUUGAUGACAUGUUCACAUGGGCAGGGGUUGGAACUGCUCAGGGGUCGCAGGACAAUGGGAAUGUGGUUGGGACAGGCAGACCCUGCCCAGUAACAGGCCGUGCUGGCCAGCCAAGGAACUGCCCUUCCCGGGCAGCAGGGAAGUGGAGAACCAGAUGUGGGACUGGAGAAGGUGCCCCAGGGGACCCACAGAGCACUGAUCAGGGUGCACCAACAUUCCUUGGAAUGUAGCCACACUCUCUCUGCCCUUCCAGAAAGCAUUCCCAGAAUCUGGCUCUGCCCACGUGGGGUGUGGGGCCACAGACCCCAGCUAUUUGUGAGAAGCUGAGGACAAGUCAUGGAGGGUAGAUCCUCUGUGCAGACUGAACAAGAGUAAAUGCUAAGCAUCAUGAUGGCGAGGUCACUGUCCACUUGGGGCUCCUCACGGCGCUGUUAGCAGCAGAAGUUGACAAAGCCUUGUGUAAAAUUCAUAGUUCUAAAAGGCCAGAGGUGUUGAUUCUGGACUGCAUUACAGACUUGAGAUACAAAUAUAUUUUUCCAUUAGUGAAUGUACUUUUCAUUUUACCAGGUGGCUUCAGAGGCUGGUUCACGGGCCGGGCACAAGGCACUGCGCUCUCCUGGCCUGCCCCACCCCUUUGGAGAUCUUGAUCUAUGUGGAGGGCGGUGUUGCGGGUGACAGGGCAGGCUAGCCUCCCGCUCUGGGGUGAGCUUGGACUCCUCCUCCCCCUGACAUUGAAUUGUGGGUAUGCAGGAACCUUAGCCUCUGUGGAGUCUGCCCCUAGCACAAGUCAAGCAGACAGCUAGACCCUGCUCCGUUCUGCCCCGUGGGACCAAGCCCACGCCUCUCCUCUGAAUGGUGUGGCUCCCUCGGGAAUAGCUGUGUCAGCGGUUUCCCGCACACCCUUGCUCACCCCCCCCACCCCACCCCGCUGCCUGGCUCCCCCCUCUGGCCCACUGCCAACAGCAACCAUAUCAUAUAUUUGCACUUCGAUUCUAACGGCUACUGUCUCCUCCACCUGUGAUCCAACCUGACCAACACAAGAACCUGUGUUUAACAAUACACUGGGGAUGUCUUUGCACAACACCACAUUUUCCUAUGGAACUGCUAGUGUCUGCGGUAGUGAGGGUCUGCCUGCAGAUUUGCAAAGUAGUCUGUGGAGUCAGCCGGAGGCAUGUUACGUUCUGGCAUAUGAAGCAGAGCCAUUGUGGCCUCUGGGCCUGGGCAGGUCAGGGGAUUCUCUCCGCUGAUUGCUUUGGCUUCCCUGGUCCUUCCUGAGUGGUCAUUCGGCAGAGCUGAUUCAGCAGCCGCCUCCUCAACAGGCACACCGGGAUCUCCAGACCAGAGCCCUCUCUACCCUCGAGAUCCUGCCUGGCAAACUUUUGGUUCUGGGUUUCUCUGCAGAUGGAGGAGAGCAAGGCAUCCCUCCACUCUUUGGGCCUGCUGAAGUGAACCACUGGCACCCACCCCCUGCCUCCGCGGCCCACUGGGCAGAGGGGCAGAGCUUCUGCCAUGUUUCUCCCCUCUUUGUGGUCAUUAUUUUAAGAAGCAGGGCCUGCCUUUCACACCGUUUCUAAUAAUUUCUGUAGUUGAUUUGUCUGAACUGUGGCUGUCUUGCAUUCUUUGAAUAAUCACGUGUAAGAAUUGUCAAUGCUUGAAACUAUUUCCUGUACUCAAGUUGAAGGGAUUUUGGUUGGCCUUGGGGUUUUGGCAGUGACCCCCAAGAGCGGAGUGGGGAAGUGGCCAGGCGUAGCCUUGGCGCUGCAAUGGAUACAGCCCCUUCUCGUGUCCCUUAACAAAUGACAGUAUACAUUCCUCAGAAAUAAAAACACAGAAGCAACAGGA